GGCCUUGAACCACAGAAAUAGUGACUGCAACAUCCUCUUUUCCCUUGACGAUGAUGCUCCUCCGCGUGACCCGGCACCAGCUGCGCAAGAUGGCCUCGAUGCUGACGGCCGACUCGGCCGCCAACUCGGCCAAGAUGGGCUUUGCCUUCGGUGCGUCCUUUAUGGCCGCCGGCUUCUCGGGCGUUGCCUCGGCCGAAGGCGAGAAGCAUGCCAUCAGCCCCGGCGAGUGGCGGUCGUUGCGCGUGCUGAGCAACGAAAAGCUCACGCACAACACGCACAAGGUUCGCCUCGAGUUCCCGAGCGAGACGGACACGAGCGGCAUGAAGGUCGCUUCGUUCGUCAUGGCCAAGGCGUCGCUGAACGGCAAGAACGUCAUCAAGCCGUAUACGCCGACGUCGGCGCCGACGCAGGCGGGCUUCUUGGACCUCAUCGUCAAGGGUUACCCGAACGGCUCCAUGAGCAAGCACAUUGUCGAACUCCAGGCCGGUGACUCGUUGGACAUCAAGGGCCCGCUCAUGAAGUUCCCGUACGUCGCCAACUCGCGCAAGCACGUGGGCAUGGUCGCGGGUGGCAGUGGCAUCACGCCGAUGCUCCAGGUCGCGCUUGAGAUCCUCCGCAACCCCGAAGACCACACCAAGGUCACGCUCAUCUUUGCCAACCAAACCGAAGACGACAUCAUCCUCCGCGACGAGUUGGCCACGUACGAGCGCAUGUACCCGGGUCUCAAGGUCAUCCACAUCUUGAGCAAGCCGAGCGAGUCGUGGACGGGUCUCACGGGCCGCGUCGACAAGGACCUCUUGGAGAAGCACUUGCCGGCGCCGGCCGCCGACAACUUGGUGCUUGUCUGCGGCCCGCCGGGCAUGAUGGCCACGGUCUCGGGCGGCAAGGCCAAGGACUUCUCGCAGGGCCAGGUCGAGGGCAUUCUCAAGGAACUCAACUAUACUUCGGAUAUGGUGUUCAAGUUUUAAGACGCCACAAACUCUGUAAUUUGUCUCCUUUUCGCCGUGCGAUCUC